AUGUAUCGAAUCUCGAAUAUCUAUGUUCUCGCCGCGUUUGGCACCAUCGGCGGUGCCCUCUUCGGUUUCGAUGUGAGUUCCAUGAGUGCCUGGAUUGGCGUUGAUACAUAUACCGAGUUCUUCGACCACCCAGAUUCGAAUCUUCAAGGAGGGAUUACUGCUUCCAUGUCUGCGGGUUCUUUCGCCGGCUCUAUCGCAGCAGGCUGGCUCUCAGAUAUCCUCGGCCGCCGUGGGGCACUGAUGAUUGCAUCUUUGGUUUGGAUAGUCGGAGCAAUGUUUCAGUGCAGUGCCCAAAAUGUCACACAUCUGGUAGCCGGUCGCGUUGUUAGUGGCCUUGCUGUGGGAGUCACCUCAUCACAGACAUGCGUAUACCUUUCGGAAUUGGCGCCAGCUCGCAUUCGCGGUCGUGUCGUCGGUAUUCAACAGUGGGCUAUUGAAUGGGGUAUCCUGAUCAUGUACCUUAUUGCAUAUGGCUGUGCUGUUGGUGUCUCUGGACCUGCUGCGUUCCGAAUCUGCUGGGGUAUCCAGGCUGUGCCGGGUCUCAUCUUGUUCAUCGCGCUAUUCUUCUUCCCUGAGUCGCCUCGCUGGCUGGCCGGAAAGGAGCGGUGGGAAGAGGCUCUGGAAACUCUGGCAUUGAUGCACGGCAAUGGAAAUCGCAAUGACCCCGUUGUGCAAGUCGAGUUUGAAGAGGUUCAGGAGGCAGCCCGAAUUGCCCACCAGGCUAAGGAUGUCUCGUUCCUUGCUUUGUUCGGACCCCGGGUCUGGAAGCGCACUAUGUGUGGAAUGAGUGUCCAAAUGUGGCAGCAGUUGCUUGGUGGUAACGUCGCCAUGUACUACGUGGUCUAUAUCUUCGAGAUGGCCGGCAUGACUGGAAACACCACCCUAUGGUCAUCCGCCAUUCAGUAUGUGCUCUUCCUUGUCACGACAGGAGUCAUGCUACCAUACAUCGAUCGUGUGGGCCGUCGCAAGUUGCUUCUUAUCGGCUCCGUUACUUGCAUGGUGAUCCACUUUGUCAUCGCUGGUGUAAUGGCCAGCAAGGGGCAUCCCGUUCCAGAUGUAAAUGGCAACGCCAACCUCACAUGGUCUAUCAAAGGAUCCUCCGGCAUGGCAGUCAUUGCAUUCUCAUACAUAUUUACUUCGGUCUAUGGAUUUACCUGGGCUCCCACCGCAUGGAUCUACGCCUCAGAAGUCUUUCCUCUCAAGUACCGAGCAAAGGGUGUCGGUCUCUCCGCUUCAGCCAACUGGAUCUUCAACUUUGCUCUGGCCUACUUCGUCGCUCCUGCAUUCCAUAACAUCCAGUGGAAAACUUAUAUUAUCUUCGGCGUGUUCUGUUUUGUGAUGACUUUCCACGUCUUUUUCACGUACCCAGAGACUGCCGGUCGGUCUCUUGAGGAUAUUGAUAUGGUGUUUGACACGGAUGUCAAGCCAUGGCGGACAAACACCGUCCACGACAGAUUUGGGGAGGAGAUUCAGAAGCACAAGGAGACUGGCACUAUGAAGGAAGGAACUGAUGCUACCCAUGAAGAGGUUGUCUAA